ACUUCCUGUCUAUCACUUUUGAGAGUUUUACACUAAAUAAUGGAAGUUUAAGUCUUCAUAAUACAAUAUCUAAUAACUUUUUUUCAACAAUAUAUUAAAAAUCAAAUAAUUUGCACUUUAAGUUAUAUUACUAUAAUUCAUUACUUAAAAACACUUAAACUGAUUGAAAUUAUGACAAUAAAAGUAAUAUUGACGAAAGGUUUUGAUAUUUUGAACUUCCAAGCUUUCAACUUUGGAAGUUUUCUUCAAAAUUAUGGAAGUUUUUGUACUUCCAAGGAAUCAUUUUUGGAAGUUUUAACCUAUUUCUAGGGAGUAAUAUACUUCCAAAAUUCCUCGGAAGCCCUGAUUAGUGGUUGAAAAGUCUUUGUUUUAAGGGGGGUUGAAAAGUCUUAGCACUUUUAGGGUUUGAAAUGACAAAGGGGUUGAAAAGUCUUUGUUUCCACAAAUGACAAAGGGGUUGAAAAGUCCGACAGCCUUGUACUCUACCCCUAAACUUUUUAAAAAUAUUUCAGCAUUUGCUUUUAUCGCAUUGGAGAUGAUAUCUACAACAAGAUGUGAUUUUCGAAACAAGUUUUAAGUAGAUUCAAGAUGGGUUCAGGCAGUGGACAAAAGAGUAAAGGGGCGGCAUUCCAUGCUGUCAAAUACACAUUCAUAGGAUUCAAUGUUUUGAUUUGGCUACUUGGCUUUGGGGUGCUGACAGUGGGUAUAUGGAUGCACUUAAACCAGGCCCCUUACUCGAGUUUAUUGCCCAACUCUUCAUUUCUUGGGGCCACAGUGAUCACCAUCUGUGCUGGAGCCCUUCUCUUCAUUGUCGGCUUCACAGGCUGCUGUGGGGCCAUUCUUGAGUCACAGUGCAUGCUUAUAACGUAUUUCACCUUUGUGUUGGUGAUAUUUGGUCUUGAAGUAGCAGCCACAUCGGUAUGCCUUACACAUAAGACUGAGAUAGAAGGAUACCUGCGUGAGGAAGUGAUGUUAAGUCUAUAUCGAGAUUACAAACAGGAGCUGGUGGGGACUCCAACUGGAGGAGUUGUGGCUGUUGUGGACAACAUUCAGACAAAUUUUGAAUGCUGUGGUGUGGACAAUCACACAGACUGGUACAAUCUGCCCGAGUGGCCUCUGAAAGACAAUGUGCCAACCUCUUGCUGUGUUCAUCAAUACGAGGGUUGUGGGGAAGCAGGCAGUCAGGCAGUCCUAUACUCUAAGGGUUGUCUGGAAGAAGUACGUUACUGGCUCUUGAAGAACAUGUACACUUUAGGAAUGCUGGCUUUAGGGCUGGCUGUUUUACAGGUGUUGACAAUGACUGCUGCUGUGGCCAUGUUCUGCUGUCUCAGGAAAACCUCGCCACAUUUCUGAGCUUGAAAGUGUGGUUAUACUCUGAUGUGAACCCAAACUCAUCUAUGUUAAGCUGUUGACCUUGGUUAAAACCUCAUGUGAACUCUGGCUAUAUUUGUGUGAACCAGGUCCAGUUAUACUUAGCUGUGGACCAUGGUUAUAAACUCCUCACAAUAUCUAUGGUUUCAAUUAGGAAUUUAAUUGAAUAUUGUGGUCGUCGGUGAAUAAAAAUAUUUGGUCAGUGAUCUGUAAGUUAAGUCUGAUAGACUUAAUGAUUAUCUAUGCAUUGACCAGACUUCAUAAAAAGAUGAGCUGCAAUUCUAAAAUGUUCAGUGUUUAUAUUUACAUUCAUUAUUUGCAUAAUUUCAAGGGAUAAUUCAAUAACAACUUCCAAUACAAUACUUGCACGUAGUAUAAAUUCGGCUGUUUGAACAGUGGCCGCGUCCAUGACAGCACCUGUUUCAUAGAUGUCACAUACAUGUUACUGCUUUAAAACCUCAUUUGACCAAUCACAAUGUUUUUGUAAGAUCGCAGGUCUGCCAAAGAUACUGUGUUAUCAGGAAUAGGAAUGCAUCAGAAAAAUUAUGCUUUCAUCUGCUUUAUAGGAGUGUAAAUAUUCUUGUGUGAACCUAGAUCCUCUGUGCUAGAAACUAGGUGUAGUGUGUAAUCAAGAUGGCAUUGGAAACAGACUGUGUACUCAGGCAUUAUGCAAUGUAUCAAUUAUUUCAACAUUAAAGCUACACUGUCAUGAAUUGACAGUUUUAACCUUUUUGUCUCAGAAUCAGCUCAUUUUGGCAUCAGUGCCUGCAAUGUAGUUCAAUAGAUCUGAAUUGUUUGGUAAACUGCUGAAAAUUUCAUUUUUCUUAAAGCAUUAGUAGCACUUUCAGCCGAAAAACAUCAAUUUUCAAAUGUUAAUCUAAAAACUGCUUUCUCUCUUUUGUCAGCAGUGUUAUAUCACUGGUUUCCAGAUAUUUACGCAAAAACUUCUAUUAAAAAAAUCAUUAAAAAGUUGUAAAACAAUCGAUCUGUGAGAGUGCAGCUUUAAGUUAGGAUUUUCUUUGGCUAAAACAAUGUUUUGCUUUUACAUUGUUGGUAACUGUUUUCAUUCAUACUGUAAAUUUUGAGUUAGUGAUGAAGUUCACUUCAAGUUCAAAUAAUUAUGCAAUGAUUAAAUGUUGUGAAUUUGAGAAUUUCUUUUAGGAUGAUCUACUUUAUUUCAUGAUUUUAGUAAUUUCUGAAUGUUUUGUAUUUAUUAAUAUGAAUUCCCUUUUUUAACAUUAUGAUUGUGAUCUGAGCAUUUAAGAUCUGAAUAAUUUAAAAUUCAACAUAAGAAACAAGAAGAUUUAUAUUCUUUAAUAGAUUGUUGUUGUUGUUUUUCAAAGAAAAUAGUAUUGCAAGAAUUUUUGGGUAAUUGUCAAAAAAAACUGCAAAUGGUGUCUGAUUGCAGUGCUGUGAUAAUAAAUGUUUCUUUUAAUUCAUUUUUUAAAGAGAAAACAUAUUUUACAACUUUUCUUGAGAACUUAAACUCAUCAUUUCUUAUAUUGUUUAUCUUGCCUCAUUACCACAAUUUUGCCUGAAGAUCACAUUUUCAUCAUUGCUGGAUUAUAUCCCAGUCAUAAUCUAUGCUUGUGCAAUAUGUUAAAGCUUUAAUGUGUCAUAUUGAGCUUAUCAAAGCAUCUGUUCCUACAUAUCAUACUUUGUAAUAUUGUUAAGUACAUUUGUACUUACAUACUCAUGUGCAGUACAAGUUUCACUCUUAAAUGCAUUUUUCACACUUGUAUGUUUCAUUUGCAAGGCCAGUGGGAGUCAGCAGCAUCAUUUAUGCAUUGUAUUUGUUUUGAAACUGUAUGAAACAUUUGAAUUGUGUUUUAUUUUUGAAUCAGAAAAUGAAAACAUUAUAUAAUUUUCAAGGAUAAAGUGUUAUAAAGUAAAAAAAUAAAUAAUGUAAGUGUUAAGUGACAAUUAAGUUCAGGGUUAACCCUAAUAUCAGGAUUGAGGGCUUUAAAUCAAAUCGUUGUUAGGUUUGACUUUGCUGUACGUUUGCAUUAGCAAUAGUAAGAAGUGCCUUGAAAUGGAUAUACAUGGAUAUACAUGGGGAUGAUGGCUUUGGUAACAAUAUCAACAGGCACCAAUUUCUCAAAUAUUCUUAUUAAAGCACAAAAGGCUUAAGUAGCUUAUUUCAGUAUACAGCAAAAAUACAUACUUAAAUUGGAUUUUGAUACAUGAAAAAUGGUUUAUUGUAAUUAUCAUAAAGACAAUUCCUAUGUAUAGGGCAAAUUCACAAUAUUUCUAUGUAUUUAUUUCUUUUAUUUUUUGUCCUAUACAAUUUUGUAUUCACAAUAUUUGUGAACAAAGAAAAAAAAGAAGUAAAUUUUACGCAAAUUAUUGAAAAACAAAAAUAGUGAGCUUAGCUUAAUCCUGUAAUAAGGGACUUAAGGAGUUGAGAGAAAUUGGGACCUGCUUGGGGUCUAGAACUCAUCAACCAUUUUUGAGCCUGUCAAUCCCUCAUACUGGAACCAAAUUUUUGGGAUUUAUGGGAAUUUGAUUUUCGCUGUAUUAUCAUCCCAGGUUAUUUAUUGUGUAAUUAGCCAUAACCAGUGAGCCAUAUUCAAUGGAAUAACCAAUAAAGUUUAUUUAAUAGUGCAUAACUAUUAUAUUCUACUUCUUUUUAUUUCACAUUGCAUUUCUGUGUUUUGCUAGGAUCUCAUAACCUAACUUAUAUCUCUUGUACUUGUUUCAUGUGAUUUAUAAUUGUUUACAUUUGGUUGUAUCAGUGUAUAUUCAAUGUGAAAUAACAUUAUUCUAGCUAACAACUUUAAUUUUUGGAACAGCUUAAAACGGCACUUUUACACAUGCUGUAGUUUUGCAUUUCAGAUAUUUUUCUCACACAAACUUAACGGGAAAAUUUUCUCCGAUUACAAGAUAUGAGGACAGUCUCAAGGGUUAGCUGGAUUUCACCCAUCACAGAUUUAAAUAUUUGAGGCCCUCAUUGAUGAUUUAUCCUGAUAAAUGUUAAAUUAAUCCAUGCUUAUUGCCUAUGCCUUUCAAACAAGUUAAUCUCAAACUAUAUUUGACCAGAGCCUCACAAAGAGUGCAGCAAUUAUAUUCAUGCAAUUUAUGUAUCUAAAAGUGAAAUUAUACAUUCAUUAGAUAAAGCUUGAGAAAACUUUCUCUUUAAUGUAGUCUAUGCCUUCCUUUGCUGUAUUUAUAUCAUGGUAGUACACUAAUUUAUUUUACAAGAUUUUAUGACUGUACAACUAAUGAAAUUUAUAGUAGUAUGUAAUAAAGAUAUUUAAAUGUA